AUGGGACUUCCGAUGGAUCCUAACCUCGCCGAUAUCCAUGUCCCCAGCGGACCUACCUCGAUCCACCAGGCCGAGUCGUUUGAAGGUCUCACUUUACAGCAACUCAUUGCACGCAAGGACAAUCUCGAGGCAGAAUUGAAGGCUUUGGGGGCAGUCCUAGAUAGUCAUGGAGUCACCAUGCAGACCAGUCUUACCACAUUUGAUGGGUACCCAAGAUCAGACAUUGAUGUGGCGCAAGUCCGAGUUACACGAGCGCGCAUUGUUGUUCUCCGCAACGACUGGAAAGCUCUGAUGGACAAGAUCGAGAAGGGUCUACAUGAACACCAUGCCAAGUACCAGGCCUCGGACGAAUACAAGAACUCCCUGAAUCAGUCUCAACCACACCCAGCAGCUGCUUCUGCAUCCGAUCAGGCACCCUCUGUUCCCGAAACCCCAUUCGCAAAAGUGAACAGCGUGGAGCCGGGAAGUCCUGCACAUGAGGCUGGCCUGAAGGCUGGCGACCUGGUCAGGAGGUUCGGUGCCGCAAUUUGGUCAAACCACGAGAGGUUACGCAAAGUUGGGGAAGUUGUGAGCCAGAAUUUGGGUCGGCCGAUCUUGGUGAAGGUCUCUCGUGGCGCAGGGCCGCAGGCACAAGAGCUGGAUUUGAGGUUGACUCCAAGACAAAACUGGGGUGGAAGAGGCACACUAGGAUGUCACAUUGUUCCCAUAUGA